CACAGUGAAGCAUGCAUACAGGAAGUCUCUAUGCGCUGAUGAUGUAAGCUACAAGUACACGUGCACACGUGUCAUAAAAGCCGACAAUUACACAAGCAGCUGCUUUAAAUAAAGAAAACCGCUCCCAGACAGCAUUCUUUGUGUUCGUUGCGUUUUCUCAGGCACACACACUAAAUGAUAAGUCUGAGGCGUCCUCAUGCAGGCUUGUAUUGAUUUUAUUCAUGCAACUUCUUUUUAAAGCUAAAUCGUCAACAUCGUGCUUCCAAAACUACAGCAGAACUUGCUAGUUUCUUUAAUUCUAAGCUGUGUUGAUUUUUAAUACUUGUGUUUUUCGAUAAGCUGGCUCAUCAAUAAUGGCAAAACACAACAUUACCCUCGCGACCGCCAUGGUGCUGGCACUGGUCGUCUUCAUCAUCACAAUGGUGUUCAGUGCUCUGGCAGCAUCAGGAAAACAGCCAUUUUUGGUUAGCACUGGGAAUAUUUCAGAUGAGUUUGUGACAGAGAUCACACCUUCAGGAUGGACCUUCGCCAUCUGGGGCAUCAUCUACACCUUUCUGGCCUUAGUCCUGGUGUACGUCCUCUCAGGCUUCUUUAGGAAGAAUGAGUAUGGUUACGUCUACUGCAGCCCUGCUGUUCUGUCACAUGGAUUUUUUGUUCUUUGGUGCCUUAAUCUGAUUCUCAACAUUGGAUGGCUUCUUCUUUGGGACAGAAAGAUCAUAGUUGCUUCACUGAUUUUCCUCAUCUUAGUUGCCUCGACUAACUACGGCGUGAUAUUCUUCUCCUGCUAUGGUCUCCAUAAAUAUGGAGCCUGGCUCAACAAGUACCACAAAGUGGACCUGUGGCUUCACCGUGUGUUGAUUCAGAACGGUGUUGCCAUAUAUGCAACCUGGACAACCAUCGCCACCCUGGUUAACUUGGCUAUUGUGGUUAGUUAUGAUGGAAACAUGUCCCCUCCAGAUGCUGCCACUCUCUCACUGUCUAUUCUGACUGUAGUGCUGAUUGUUUGGUUCGUCCUGGAAAACUUCCUGCUCGACAAAUACGUGAGGUUCAUUCUCUCCAUUUACCCUGCUGCGAUUUGGGCGCUGAGUGGAGUGUACACCAAAAACUACAACCCUGCAGCUCCUACUCGCAACAACAUCUUCAUCGCUGCACUGCUGGCUAUAGCCUGUGUCCUGUUUGCUGCACGGAUACUCCUGGUCGUCUGGAGGCAAAAGAAAAGGCCGUUUUACAGAGAUGUAAACCCGGAUGCAAUGUCUCCAAUGGAGAUCGCUGAGAAAUUGAAAAUAAUAUAUAAAUGAGCAUAGUGAUCAUAUAUAUUUCUAAUAAACCUUUUGUGGAACGAGGUGGCAUGCUUUUUGUACGAUAUGCACCUCUAAAUGCUUUGUAUGUUUUAAGUUAAUACACUAUACCAGUCACUACACUGUAUAAUCAUGUGCUUCACUGAUAGAUCUGAGUUGAUAAAAAUUUGCUUAAUGUACAUUUCAUGUGUUAGCUUAUCUACUGUCAUUGGUAUAUUUGUGUUUGUACAAUCUGACUUUUUGUUCAGUUUAUAUGUAAAACUGUUCAAAAUAAAGAUCGGUGUUACUUGUACGCUUUUGUGGAAUAAUUUCACAGAAAACAAACAGAACACUGUUGAGGGUAAUGACAAUAUAAGGAAUAAUGAGGAUGGAUGAUGGGACGAAGCACUCUUCUGGGACUAAGCUGACAAACAGACAGGUUGGAAUAAAAUCAGGCUACAUUGUGUUGCUACUUGUUUGCUCCUGCUGCAUAUUUACCUGCAGAAUAGUAUUACAAAUACCUGACUCUUUCCAGCAAUAAAACAUUUCAUGUUUUUUUCCCCUAUCCACUCCUUUUCACAGUGACUUUCUGUGUUUCAAAUCUUCUUCCUCUCUGCUUCUUCUCCUAAUUUGAUCAGUCAUUCUUGGCUAAAUGAUCCAUCCUUCACUGACUUUCUCAAUAUUAAGAGCUUCAGCCCAUGUAAAUAAAACCAGUUGAGGCUUCACAUACAUCUGCUGUUGUGAAAAAUAUCUGCAUGUUUCAUCCUUUUCUGAUUUCUUUGUUGCUAACUGCAAUAACAAGACAAGAUUAAAGGUUUACUUUGGAUUAUAUCUAGAUUAGUGGAGUCACUUUCUGCUUCAACUCCACUUGCUACAGACCACUUGUCCGGUGCGUUGCCUAUUU